AUGUCAACUCCAGCACAAAGACGGCUUUUGCGUGAUUUGAAACGCCUACAGUCGGACCCACCUCCUGGUAUUUGUGGUUCUCCUGUUGAAGACAACGUUAUGAUUUGGAAUGCCGUUAUCUUUGGACCGGACGAUACUGCUUUUGAAGAUGGAACAUUCAAGCUUCGUCUAGACUUCACAGAAGAUUAUCCUAAUAAGCCUCCAAGAGUUGUAUUCACGUCCAAAAUGUUUCAUCCAAACGUGUAUGCUGAUGGUAGCAUAUGUCUUGACAUUCUUUCCAAUGCUUGGAGUCCCACUUAUGAUGUACUAGCCAUAUUGACAUCUAUUCAGUCUCUUUUGGAUGAGCCGAAUCCUAACUCUCCAGCUAACAGUAUGGCAGCUCAACUUUAUGUGGAAAAUAGACGCGAAUAUGAGAAACGCGUUCGUGCUUGUGUUGAAGAAAGCUGGUACGAAGAAGAUGUGUGA